CCUGUGGAUGCCCCGGCCUGGCCCGGGUGGGCGUCCGGGACGGCCGGGAGCGCCGGCAUGUCGGAGGCGACCCGGAGCUUGCUGCAGCGCUGGGGCGCCAGUUUGCGCAGAGGCGCUGACUUCGACUCGUGGGGCCAGUUGGUGGAAGCCAUCGACGAGUAUCAGAUAUUAGCAAGACAUCUACAGAAAGAGGCCCAAGCUCAACACAAUAAUUCUGAGUUCACAGAAGAACAAAAGAAGACCAUAGGCAAAAUUGCAACAUGCUUGGAAUUACGAAGUGCAGCUUUGCAAUCCACACAAUCCCAAGAAGAAUUUAAGCUGGAGGAUCUGAAGAAGCUAGAGCCAAUCCUAAAGAAUAUUCUUACCUAUAAUAAAGAAUUCCCAUUUGAUGUUCAGCCUGUCCCCCUAAGAAGGAUUUUAGCUCCUGGAGAAGAAGAGAAUUUGGAGUUGGAAGAAGAUGAAGAGGAGGGUGGAGCCGGAGCAGGUUCUCCAGGUUCCAUGCCUGCAAGAGUCCCCGGCACUUUGCUACCGAGGUUACCGUCAGAGCCCGGCAUGACGCUGCUCACCAUCCGCAUCGAGAAGAUCGGCUUGAAAGAUGCGGGCCAGUGUAUCGACCCCUACAUCACUGUCAGUGUCAAGGAUCUGAAUGGCAUAGAUCUGACUCCUGUGCAGGACACGCCUGUGGCUUCCCGGAAAGAAGACACAUACGUGCAUUUCAACGUGGGCAUUGAGCUCCAGAAACACGUGGAAAAGUUAACGAAAGGUGCUGCCAUUUUUUUUGAAUUCAAACACUACAAGCCCAAGAAGAGAUUUACUAGCACCAAGUGUUUUGCCUUUAUGGAGAUGGAUGAGAUUAAACCAGGCCCGAUGGUAAUCGAGCUGUACAAGAAGCCCACUGACUUUAAAAGAAAGAAGUUGCAACUGUUGACAAAGAAGCCACUUUAUCUCCACCUCCACCAGACUUUGCACAAGGAGUGACCCUGUUAUGGGUAGCUGGAACCGCUGUGAACCCAACCACUUGGUAGAAACCACCAGAACUGUGGCCUUGCAUUGACCAACAGGCCUGUACACCCGCUAAUUCGUCAGUCAGAAUUUAGAUCCCAACACAU